AUGGGAGAUCCCACCAGUCCGGCUGGCCUGGGUCCUCCUCCACAUGCUGCGUUACAGCGGACGCUGCUCAACACAGUCGUUCGAUCUGUAUCUUCUCUCGACCGUGACAUCUUAGACGCCCCGGUAACUGCUACGGACUUGGCAGCCGCCAUCCGCCACAUGCGCGCGACUUCGUCACCUGGUAUGGAUGAUCGUCUCCACCGCGGUACGCUCCUCCCGUCCCAGCGGAAGUCAGCAUUUGUUCUGCUUCACAAGAAAGGGUCACGUGCGGCUCCUGGAAACUACCGCCCGAUUACUCUUGUGAUCCCCGAUUUGAUCCACCCCGACCAGAAGGGAUUCGUCAAGGGACGAUCAAUUCAUCACCACGUGCGCUUCCUGGCCGAUCUUCAAGACCUGGUUACCGGCCGGAACGAUGAAGCGUACGCGCUGUUUUUAGAUUUCGAAAAAGCCUUCGAUAGAGUCAACUGGGACUACAUGCUUCGUCUACUCGAACGCCUGGGCUUUGGGUCGACAUUUACGCGGUGGAUCCAGCUUCUUUACACGGACCCACGGGCCCAUCUGAUGAUCAAUCAGAACAUCCAACCAGCGCUCUUCCCGACACGCGGUCUAAAGCAAGGGGAUUUGUUAUCAUCCCUUCUUUUCAUCUUGACCAUCGAGCCCCUUAGCAAUCUCCUCCAGAAACACGAGGAGUAUGGCAUCUGUCUGAAUGCGGACCACACUUCCACCGGCGCGUUCUUCGCUGAUGACUCCACUCUCCUGAGCAGCUCAAUCGCGAACCUGCAGGACCAGCUGCUUCUUGUCCAAGAUUACUGCCAGAGGUCCGGUGCCAGACUUAACAUACAAAAAUCUGUGCCGCUCGCGCUCAACCGGAACCACACGUGUCCACUUCUUUCUGGUAUGAGAUUUCUCAGUUGGACGGAUACGGUGAAAUACCUUGGCAAUCCCUUUGGGCAGUCCUCGGUCGAUACCGUGAUCACCGACUUUCUUGAGCAGCGCUUCUACGACGGCUUCAAAUUGUGGUACUGA